AUGGAGCUCGUUUUUAAGUUGGAAGAGAGGCUUUCUGAGGCAUUGAAGAACAAUGAUUUCCAUCAACAAAAGUCGAAAAUUCUGUUGGAGGUGAAAGAUGAAUUGACUGAAAUGAUGGAUUUUUUGCUUGGACCAAUUGGAGUUGCGCAAGAUGAUCAACGGGUCUCCAACAGAUUUACCAUCUUAUUUCUAGAAUGUAUUAGUAAUACUUUUGGCUCCAAUUACCUGGAAAUGCUUGGAUUUGAAGAGAGUGAUCCCAGAACCAAGGAAGUAAAUCAGAAGCUUCACUAUCUCACCCAAUUCCAAAGACCAAUCAUGUGGAAACUUCAACUGGAACAAUACUGUAACUAUUUAUUUCCAGGAUGGGAUGAGUUUUUGAAAAGGCCCAAGGCCAUAGAUGAGUAUUUCAAAUCAUUAUAUAUGGGAGAAGACUCUUAUCCCCGCCCAAAGACUCUAUUAGAAGAACCACACACUUUAAACUUUGAUUGUCCUCGGUAUAUCGAUGAUGAUUCACUUUGGUGGAGUUCAGAUGGUUCCAUUGGAGGUCAUUUAGACAUUGGUGAGAUUGGCAAGAUCAUAAUUUCUUGUGAUUAG